GGAGGGACGAGCACCUGGUCAUAGAGCGAAAUGGCAGCUCUGCUGAGAGGUUUGAAGAGCUUCAGUUUGUCGGGAAGGUCACUGAGCAUCACAAGCGGUGUGGCUCCCCACAGACGUUAUGGACUGCCAAGCGUCUUGUCUGGCCAAAGGAAUUCCUCGUCUUCAUCCAAAAUGACCGUGGACUUGGACAGCAGCACAGGCAUUGCCAUGAUGAGGUUCCAGAGUCCCCCAGUCAAUAGCCUCACCCUGGACUUCCUCACAGAGUUUGCCACCAACCUAGAGAAGCUGGAGAUGGACAAGGGCUGUAGGGGUGUUGUUCUAACCUCUGCGCUGCCGAAGAUCUUCUCUGCGGGCCUUGACAUCAGAGAGAUGUAUGGGAAAAGCCCGGAACACUGCAGAGAGUUCUGGAAGGCGGUGCAAGAGAUGUGGCUGAAGUUGUACGGUUCCAGCAUGGUCACUGUAGCUGCGAUCAAUGGUUCCAGCCCAGCUGGGGGCUGUCUGAUGGCUUUGGCAUGUGACUACAGGAUCAUGGCAGACAACCCCCGCUACAGCAUAGGCCUCAAUGAGACUCAGCUGGGUAUUGUUGCUCCCUUCUGGUUUAAGGAGAAUAUGGUGAACACAGUGGGCCACAGGAUGGCAGAGAUCUCCCUGCAGCUUGGUCUGUUGUACAGCGCUCCAGAUGCCCUGAAGAUGGGCUUGGUGGACCAACUGGUGGCCGAGGAGGCAGUCGUGACCACAGCCACAGAGACCAUGGCAAAAUGGUUUGCUGUUCCAGGUCACGCUCGGCAGAUCACCAAGUCCGUGAUGAGGAAACCAACCAUUGAUAAAUUACUGUCCAACAGGGAGGAUGACAUCAACAACUUUGUCACCUUCAUCACAAAAGACUCCAUCCAGAAGUCCUUAAAGAUGUAUAUGGAGAGUCUGCGGAAGAAAAAGGCAUAGGGCAUGGGGCAGAACUCUAAAUGUGAACACACCAUUUGUUAGAUCUUAGUGAUGCCUUAGAGAAACAGCAGUUACAACAUUAAGAUGAAGUCCCAACAUUUGUUAUUUUUAUUGGAUUUCACAUGUUCAAAUUGAAUGAGUAAUGUUCAGUAACUAAUAAAUAAUGCAUAUGCUGAAAGCCACGUGUUAGAGCUGAAAAGGCAAAGGUAAAAAGUUAAUAUUUGUUGUCUCCCACCUCGUAUUUUGUGAGCAGUUUGGUUUAUUAUUUUGACAGGGCAAAUAAGUGUUUUACUUCUGUCUGGAUGUUGGCUGAGAACAUGUCAUUCAACACUUGGAAGGAUUAUUUACUUGAACUUACUGGUUGUUUAGUUAGACAGGAAAACUGCGCUUAUACAGUAAAAUGAUCAGGAGGAGAUGCUUUUGGAAAUUUACCAUGGUACAAUCUCUUUAAUUGGAAAUCUCGAUGGCAGUGAAUUUCACUAACACACAUUAGUGCCUUUUUUAGGGAGAAAUGUUGAACGAACUUAACCUCUUGUGGAGUUCUGUAGUUAUAAACUUGUGCUGAUCCUGUUGACCGUGUAUUUCAUGAUGUCACCGUGUUACUAGUAAAGGUUAAAAAAACACCGUUUUCCUCUGGAA